AGCAUCUACUACAUACAGUGAAAAUCAAUCACGGUGCUUGGCGACCUAAACCAAAGAUGCUGACUCUUUACUACUGAUGACCAUGCGUCUAACUACAUUUUCGCAAUAGAUAUUCCUAUCUAACUUCUGGCUUCAGCCAAAGAUAUCCGUUGGAAUAAUUGGAAUAUGGUAUACAAUAUAACUGCACGGAGACUGAAAAAACUAGAGCUUAACUCGUGAACGUUGGUCAUGCUGUAUGAAGUCAGGCUUGAGGACGACAAUAGCAGGGCUUCGCUUUUCGAAUAUUUUUUUACUCUGCUUUAGUGCAUCGCAAAGAACGACGCCACGGACAAUAAGCUCGGUGCAUAUAGAAAAGUCCCCAGCUUCACUUAAGGCAAAUAGCAAGCGCUCUUUACUGGCCCUAUGCGACAGGGCGAUUCGAAACGAGGUGUUAAUUUCGUGCCAUGGAAUAGCUACGGAGGCUUAUGUAUGGCUGGGUUGUUGGCGUAGAGAGGAAGAAAUGCCUGUCGGUUGGGACAAAUACGGUCGAUUUGGUGCUGUCGUAAAUUUCGCGCACGGUCUCUAUGGAGAGAGUAGUUCCGAGGGUCAGCUGUAGCUAUGUCCAUGGCUGCUAACAUGGCGAAGAAAGAUAGCCUGGUGGUAUCCCCGUCUGUGUUGAUCCAGUCCCGUCCAAUUAGGUAAAACAAGAGCAAGGAACUAUCUCUCUCUGUCCGCUCUUCUAAUGGAAGCGAAUGGGGAGCGCGCGGUCCAGUUACAUUCACGAUUUCUGUGAUUGGAAUGUGCGGAUCGAACGUGAUUCGAGUCGGCAUAGCAGAAUACUACAAUUUCCUUCGGCUCUUCAGCUCCCCUUAGCAACGCUCCAAAGUCCAUAAGAGAAUGCGAACAGUGUAGAAUCUGUGCAAACAACGUUUCGAAGGAUGAAGGGGUGUAUAUUUUUUCUGAAGAAAGCAGACGACACUAUCUGCAAGCAAAAAUACGCAAAUAUUUAUACGUGUUGGUAUCCUCCGAUGAUAAGUUGCCACAAAUCGUUUGUUCGACAUGUACGAAAAGAUUGGAUGGCAUUCAUCGGUUUGCAACAAUGGCACAUCGAGCCCAGGAAAAGCUAAGAUUACAACUAUCAGAAAUAAUGGAGAAUGUGAAGGAAGCGGAUGAAAUGGCAGAUGGGAAAAUCAGGAUUAAUCCAGAGGCAACCAGAAGGUUGGAAGAUCGAGGAUUGCUGCAUUCAAUCCUUACUCAAGUGCGUCCGCCAGAAGGCGCUAUAGAAAUAUUGGCUGAAGGCGAACCACUAGAGUCAGUUUCUCUGUUAUCCCAUGAAGACAGCGAACAUACUCAAAGUAUGGAAGAAAUGGAAGUCAAAGUUGAUCCCAUGUUAUUUUUGCAAUGCGCAUUGGAACAAUCUGGGUCCGAUGUAUCUGAUGUAUCGGAUAAUGAAGACAAAGAGUCUAGAACGUCAUCACCUGAGCCGCCGUCAGUUACGCACAAGAAUAUUGAGAUAAAACAAGAACCACCCUGUUACGACACUAAGCCAUUUGAAUUAAUGGAGACUGACGAAGAUGUAUUAAACAACAGCAUAAAACCUUACGAAUGUACAAUAUGCGCUCGAUCUUUUAUAUCUCAAAUUGGACUGCAAAACCACUUGUGGUCACACUUACCCAGGGAUCAUAGAUUUGACGGGAAACCUAUACUGAGGUCACAACAAGUGUUUUCUACAAAUGGAGUGCUACAUACAAGUUCGGAUAACAAUUCGACUGGAAAUUUCAUAUGCCCAAUUUGUAGCAAACGGAUAUCAACAAAAGGAAAUUUGAAAGUGCAUUUGGAAACGCAUAGGCCUAAAGGGAAGUACGGCUGUGAUAUAUGUGGCAGAAUUUUCAAAACACAGUCCAAUUUAUUCCGUCACAAAGAGUAUCACGGAGGUAUUCAAUUUCCGUGCAAUGUUUGUGGCAGAGUAUAUCCAACAAAUUCUACACUGCGUGCGCACAGUAUAACUCAUUCGGAUCUGAGACCCCAUGCUUGCCCGUUAUGUGACAAAACGUUCAAGAGAAAUCAAGACCUGAAGUUCCACAUAAAUCAACACACUGGUGCUAGGCCUUACCAAUGUCCGUAUUGUCCGAAAGCAUUUGCAAGCUCUGGAAAUUGUUUUUCUCAUCGAAAACGAAUGCAUCCACGAGAAGUUCAUCGAGAUCGGCAAAGAGCAGCAGAUUUAAUGAGAUGAACCUCGGAGAGCAAGUUCGAAGAAUGGGUGUAAUGAGGAGUCAAUGAGAAUGCAACUCUUCUAAUAGCGGUAUCACAUCUUGAAGUAUUUUACAUACGUAACCAUCAGGACUGGGCGGGCAUCCAGCAUACUCGGGUAUCUGAAUCGAACAUUGAACUUGAAUGAAUAUAUACCCGUAAUUCUAGCAGCGUGAUGCUAUUUAAUUAUUUUGUCAAGACACUGGAUAAAACAAUUCCAAAUCUGUUGGGUUACCUGACCUGACGAAUUUGACUACCCACAUACGUCUAGUAACCAUAAAUAUUCUACUUUCAAAUUACGUGGUGCUAACUAUCUGUCGCAUCAUUGCAAAGUUUUUCCUCCAGCUUGUUCUUAUUUCGUUAUAGUAAAUAAUAUAAAAUGAGAUACAAGUUGAUAUCCUUUGAGUAUACAAUUCAAAAAUUAGUAUGGAAAACUAUAACAAUCAUUUCAUAAGGAUUAUUGUUUAGGCAUGACCAUAUUUUUUGAUAUUUAAAUAUUCGUUUUAUUAUAAAAUAGGUGUAACGCAAAUUUGUAAGAUUGGACAUCGUAGAGACGAUUUGAUGACCGUGAUUUAUGUCAAUUUCAGGCAUUUAAAUCUAGAUAUCACCAGUGUAUAUUAUUGUGUUCAGAAUGUCCACCAUUUCAUAUGAUUUGUUCAAGGCGUCUGUUAAGUUAAAAUUAGAUACUUUUCACUAAUUCUAUUAUGAGGUAGUUACACACCAAAGCUUUAUCAAAUUAAUAUGUUCGUAAGCUAUAUGCAAUGAUUUCCUCAAAAAUGCAAAAUAAAACAUACUCAAUUUAAAAUCAAGAGCUUACAUAUCGCAUGGAUGUAACAAUUCAAUAAGUACUCAAUGCGCGGCCAUGUCCUAAUAAAAUAAUUAAAUAGUGUCAAUUUUUUGUCAAUCAGCUUCCUUAAAGUGCAACACCUAUGUUUGAAAUGCAGAGUACCACAUGAUCGUGCCUGUAAGGGGAAUUCAAGUUUAUGAUCAAGAAAUUUCAUUGCAUAAAAUAUAAUGAGAUCGUGAAUGCAGUGUAAGUUAGUAUUCUAGUCAUCAUGUUUGAAAUGAAAUUUACACACAUAGGUAUGUAGGUAGUCGAAGAUAUAUAAUACAGUAUUUUGUCUAUGUGUAGGAUUAAGCCAAUUUAGUAGGUGAAGUAGCGUAGGGGGAACAAGAAAAGUGAUUUUAUACAACGUACGAAAACUCUGCAUGUAUGAAGAAUUGUCGAAAGCUAUUUUCUAGUUUGUGACGGUUUAAUACAAAGCAUAUACGUAGAUAUGUCAUUCGGUGUUAAGACUGUAUACGAAAAGUGUGUGUCAAAUUAGAUUAAAUAAGAAUGUAGGUAGUUACCGUCUAAGAUACGUUAAUUUCAUGUCAUGAAAAAUAUAUUUAGACACGUAUAUUGAUAGUAUUACAAUUUAAGAAAGGAAUUAAAGGGCCUACUUAGAAUCGUAUUGCAGCUCGUAUCAUUAUUCUUAUAAGAAAACUAAUAUUAAUGAAUGUUAAAUGAAGUCUGAAUAGUGUUAGGAAACCAAUUUUCGACUAGAUAUUUGUGUACUGUAGAAAUAUAGAUCAUAUAGAACGUGCUUCCGUACAAUAUACCUUAGGACGUUUUUAAAAAAAUCCUAAAUUUUUUAAACUCCUUCUACCAUUUAUUAUAGAUUUAGUUCGCCGCUCUACAAUAUAAAAGUUAAAUGACGUCGAAAACACAGUAAAAAGAAUCCAAUGUCCGAAAACUCGUCGUUUCCGUAAGCUUCCAAAAUUUUUGGAUCUCGUAUGUUUUUUUUUUUUUUUUACUGCAGUUUCAUAAUUUCUUUUAAGGGGGAAAGCCACUGUGAUGGCCGAAAAAAUUACCGAUUUUUAAGAAUUUUUUGCAGAGGGAUAUCUAAUUAAUAAAGGGAUCGAAUUGAUGGUGUUUUACUACGUGUAUACUAAACUUAUUUUAUAUAAAUUAUUAUUAAAAAAUAUUUAAAAUUAACCAAAACCACCGUUUGCCGAGAUAUCAAUGCCACGAUGGGGAGGGGAAAUUUUUUUUAUUAGUCGUUAAGUUAAGACCCAUAUCUUUGUUAAUUUUAAAUAUAAUUCAAUAAAAAUUUACAUAAAACAAGUUUAAUAUACACGUAAUAAAAUACCAAUAAUUCAAUUCCGUUAUUAAUUGGUUAAGUCUGUGAAAAAAAUUCUUAAGCAUCGGUUAUUUUUUCGGCCGUCGCAGUGGCUUUCCCCCUUAAUUCAAAAGUUUUAUUCAUUGAGAGUACAGAAACCAAUUCGUAACUUCAGGUUGAACCUAAUAGAUUUGAGGGACAUUCAGUAAAGAGAAGAAAUUUGCACCUCUUCUUGAAAUAUCUGUAAUAUAUAUAUGUGUAUAAAAUUACUAAACACGUAGCGAAGAUAAUUUGCAGUGACUAAUAAUUGAUGAACCUGAUGCGUAAUCUUACAUUAAUCUUAUCGCUGAAUAGUGCUAUACCAGCUAAUUGAUUAUGUGGCUAGUGAGACGUUCUAAUAUAGUUUAAAUAAAAAUGGGUAUCUACACAUUUUGCAAAUACUUUACGCACGCGCUGAAUUUGCCAAAAAACUAACAGCCGACAGUGCAGUCGAAUGAAACAAGGAGUAUUAGGCGAGUUUUGCAAAGUGAAUAAAUUAAAAGAAAUUCGAGAACUUUGUAAGCAAUGACGAUGAGAAAUAGUUCGUAAUUUACGACUAAUCAAUCAGUGUUCAGCGUAAUUUAAUCAAUUUUGGUACGCCUUGAAGUGGUCAAAAUUUCAAUACGAUUGAUUGGAAAUACUAUAAAUGAGUAUAUAAAUUCUUGAAAAAAACAGGCUUCACACCGUUGGAACUUGCAAUUGAUCAAUCGGAAAGACAGGGAUUUUAUCUUUUGAGUAAUGUAAGAACGUAAUGUGAUAAAUAUACAAAUUUUGGUACACACUGCAGGAUCCUCCGAUUUUUAUGAUCGUUUGACGAAUUUGAAGAUAACAAUGGGGACUAUUUUACUACCUUAAAAUAGUGAGUAAAUUGCCGAUCCCGUUCCACGUGUAACUCAUGUGAAUUGACAUCAUAUUAUUAAAACCGAAAAUAGAACUGUAGAAUCAACAUGUACCACACAAUAUUAUACACUGAGUAUUAUACAAAAAUAAAUCAUACCACACACAUCGGA